GUUUCCGCGCCGCGUAGACGGCAGCGAGCAUCGAAAAGCUCACCAUGUCUCUUCAGGGUUAUGUUAACAAGAAAGUGUUGGUCGUGACCAGCGAUUCGAGGACGCUUGUCGGGAUGUUGUUGAGUUGCGAUCAGAUGACGAACUUGGUGCUGUCACAAACUAUAGAGAGAAUCAUCCGCCCGCCAGAUGACCCAGAGCCCUCGAGCGAGGUCGCACAUGGCCUGUAUCUGAUUCGGGGCGAUAAUGUUGCGGUUGUUGGGCUCGUCGAUGAGGAAGUUGACGAUAGUAUCGAUUGGCUGAAGGUUAAGGGGGCGAUUAUAGGUGGGGUUAAGCAUUCGUGAUCACCAGAGAUCCAAGGAACUGGCUUCUGGGAGACACAGAGCGAUUUGAGGAACAGAGGAACAGAAAUAAAACCAAGAUGGGCUAUGGAUGAAGAUGGGAAGCCUUGUUGCAUAUCAGGCGUUAGGAUGGAAUGAGAAAUAAUCUAUGAGCCGUU